GCCCGAGCCAAUAUAAUGGGAUCUUCGGAGUUAGGGCUGCUCGCUCAUCUUCUUCUGUGCUUUCUUCCGCUCUCUGCUCCACUGUUCGUCGUAUCCUCUAACAUGGAGGCUCCGAAAGGAGAGGAGUGGGGUGAUUCGGGUGAAGUGUUUGGUACCAAUUCUAUGGAAAGAAAGAAAGACUCUCUUGAAGAGGUUCGCGCAAGACAAAGGAAAGAUGUAGCUGACCUUCAAAACAAGGAAAUUGCACUGAAGAAAGCAGCUGCUAAAGGCAGCAAAGCUGAGCAGAAGGCCAAAAAGAAGAAAGUGGAGGAAGAUAUCUCCCAGCUUAUGUCCCAACUGAAAGCAAGGCACUCUGAGGAGCUUGCUUCGUUAGGCUACAAGAAUGAAGAUGUUACUGGGGAAAACAAUCUAGAUAAUAUUGUGAUGGCUAUAGCCGGUAUUUCUGUUAAAAAAUCCAUCGAAUCCGCAAAACCAAGCAAGGGAGCCAAAAGGCGGGAGAGGAGAGCUCAACAAGAAGCCGAAAGAGAGCAGAGGAUACAUGAGGAGCAAAGUAAAAUCAUCAGCGAUCGAUCGAUUGAAAAUGAAAAGUUGGAGGAAAAGCUCAUGCCUCUUGGAUUGACCAUCAAUGAGAUCAAGCCAGAUGGUCAUUGUCUCUACCGAGCUGUUGAAGACCAAUUAUCACUUUACCCAAGUAAGAACCAACUAUAUAGUCACCAAGAACUGCGUAAAAUCGCCGCUGCUUACAUGAGAGAACAUGCAGUGGAUUUCCUGCCAUUUUUUCUUGCUGAUGGAAAGAUUGAGAUGGAUUCAAAUGAUUUAUCAUUAGAUAUUUUUCAUAAAUAUUGUGAAGAGGUCGAAUCCACUGCAGCAUGGGGAGGUCAGCUUGAGCUGGGAGCUUUAACUCAUUGCCUCAAGAAACACAUAAUAAUAUUCUCUGGGUCUUUCCCUGAUGUUGAGAUGGGUAAGGAAUACAAGACCGAAGGUGAAAGUAUUGUUUCCAAUCCAAGUAUUUUGCUAUCUUAUCACAAGCAUGCUUAUGGGCUUGGAGAACACUACAACUCGGUUGUCCCUAGACAGUUCAAAUGAGACAGAAUAUUUCCUUUCACAGUUUUACCUCAAGUAUAUGAAAGUCCCAAAACUGGGUUUGCCACAUAAUUCACAAGAUAAUUCCUUAUCUCAGUUGUCUUUGAUCUGUUUACUAUACCUGAUUGAUGAAGAAAGAAUAUGUAAUUUUGUAGCCAUGACAUGAAGACUGGCAGGUAUGUAAAAAUUUGGUUUUUUUUUCCUUUGAUUGAGUAGACAUUUUAUUCAGUUUAAUGUAAUAAAUCUUGUCUUGAAUACUAUCAUUUUAUGUGAAAAUGUGAGAUUGAUUUUACAUA